UGGCGAUAACACAGUGCACACAGAACUAGGGCAGUCCUUGCUGAAAUUUGGGUGAAAGUCAUUACUCUAAAUUCCCAUAUCCUUUCGGAAAAGAUGCCGGUACAAACCAACAAGAUCUGCAUCACCAAUCUGCCAGCUUGCACCACUAUACAAACAUCCAAAAGAUCUUCAAGAAAUUUGGCACAAUCAGAAGAGUUUUCAGAGUCUGCGAAGAUGGCACUAAAACCUGUAGCGGGCGGGCGUACAUCGCUUACAGAAAGCACGAGGAAGCCAAAAUGGCCAAAGAUGCCAUGAACAAUAAGGAAUUUAAGGGCUCGACCAUUUCCAUUGCUAUUGCAUCUGAAGAGGAGUACAGUUUGGAGGUGCCCUCUGAUAUCAGCUUGAGUACUCACGAAAGUACUGUUACAGUCACAAAUGAGGACAGCCAAAGAGAAGCUUUUCAACCUGUUGCUGAAAAGUCUAGAAGUUCCUGGAAAAACCCCCGGUCUUCCAAUUCAAUGAGACCCAGAGGACCUCAAGGGUUCCCAGGUAUGAGACCACAAGGCUUCUUCAAUAGUCGCCAUCCACCCCCACACGAAAUGGACCAGAGUGUCUUUCAGCAGCAGCAGCAGCAGCGCCCUGGAAGCCUGGGGCCACCACGCAGCCCAUCUCACAGACACUCUUUCCCUCCUGGAGGACACCCUCCUGGACACUUUCAACCCCAACCCCAUCGGGCCCGAUUACCACCCAGUGACAAUUUCAAUCCUCAAAUGCAUCACUCUGGACAUCGCCCAAGGGAAUCCAACUUCAAUCCACAAAGUCCCUGGCUAGGACCUCCAGAUCCUCGAAAUCCUAAUCAAAUAUCACCAGGCGAUAGACCGCCUUCCUAUCCACCUGGUCAGAGUGGAUUCCCAUCUGAUUUCCAUCAUCGGAACCCAUCCAGCGAUCUUUCAGCCAACAUAUACAGUGCCCCAACAGCUCCUGAGAAGCCCUCUUUCAGUAAUGUAAUAGCUGGUCUACUCAAACAAAUCAACCCAAACAGAGCACCUCCUAGUCCUGGGACUCACCAGCAACCUCCAACGUUUCGUGACCCUGUUGGGAGAGUCCCGCCACCCUUCAAUGGUUCAACACAACCCCCUCACAGAGCACAUCCUGUUCCCAGAUCUCACCAGCCACCUCCAACGUUUCGUGACCCUGUUGGGAAAGUCCCGCCACCUUUCGGUGGUUCAACACAACUUCCUAACAGAGCACCUCCUAGUCCUGGGACUCGCCAACCACCGCCAAGGUUUCAUGGGCCUUCUCAGAGAGGCCCACCACCCUUUGGUGUUCCACCACAACCCAGUAACAUUGCACCUCAAACUCCUAGCACUCACCAGCAACAUCCAAUGUUUCAUGGACCUACUCAGAGAGUUCAACCACCCUAUGGUGUUCAGACACAACCCCCCAACAGAGCUCCUGGGACUCACCAGCAAUCUCAAAUCUUGCAUGACCCUAAUCAGAGACUCCAGGCACCCUAUGGUGUCCCAACGCAACCCUGUAACCAACCACCUCAAACUCUUAGCACUUACCAGCAACCUCCAACACAACCCUGUAACCAACCACCUCAAACUCUUAGCACUUACCAGCAACCUCCAACGUGUCAUGGCCCCACUCAAGGAGCUCAGCCUCCCCAUAGUGUUCCAGCAAACCUCUCUGCCGCUGAUCUGGUGUCACUCUUAGCCUCAGGAGGAAUAUUUUUAAGAAGCCCCUCAGAUCUCAACAACAUUCCGGGCACAAAUCCAUCUCAGCCACAGCUUCAGAAUCCUUCGUCAACAGCAAGACCUACUUAUACACAAGCCUCUGUACCUGUACACACAUCACCAGCCGGACCUCUACAAAGUCCACAAGCAUUGCCCGCAUUGCCCAGCCAGAAUCCCCCUGGGUACGAAGUGAUAAAACAGGUCGUCCGAGAGUACAUCAUCGACGAGAAGGGUAACGAGAUCGUUAGGGAGUACGAGCGCCCGCUGGACCAGCCGCCUCUCAGGGUACCCACUGGAGCUGUCUGGGGUGGGCAGUCAGCCGCAGAGAAGCCCGAGUCGAGAGCUGUCAAAGAGACUGGGAGUGCUUUGGACAAUGUGACCACUGGUAGCGUGAUACCAGCCAGGACGGACUACCGGGAUGCAGACAGCACGACGGAAUUCAAACAGAGCGAAGGAGCUCAGUCAAAAACAAAAGAAAAUGAAGAAGACGGGACAAGAGACAGAUCCAGAAGUAUUUCCAGAACCAGCUCUCAAAGUAGAUCUUCAAGUAGAUCUAGAAGUGGAUCAAGGAGUAAAGCUAGAAGCAGAUCCAAAAGUAAAUCUGGUCACAGAAAAAGGCGUCGCUCUAGAAGAUCAUCAAGUUCAGACAGCUCAAGAGAGGGCAGCAGACACAAACCAGCUUCCCACAAGAAGCUUCCCGUCGUCUGGGUCGUCGGCGAUUCAUACGUCUUGCGAGCGGUGGAAAGAGCCCAGGGAUCGACCCUCGGACUAGACGACAUCGUCGAUCUCCACUGGAAGGUGCUAUCGGAGAAACAAAUGCUCAAGAACUUCAAGUCGAUGAUGGACACCCUUCUGGGCGUGAGCAGCGAGCCACCGUCCAUGAUCGUCGUCCAUCUAGGGGCGUACGACUUCGCCGACGACCUAAAGGAUAACUUUGUCGGUAUUCUAAAAAACAUGACAUAUUUCGUGCACAACAAGAUGAACUGCAGGCUGGUGUGGUCGGAGAUGUUCCUGCAACUGGACAGUAGAGGGCAGCUGGUGUAUCCUCGGAGAAUCCGCUACAUCAACGAGAGGGCCUCGGAGAUCAUACAGCGUCUCGGCGAGGGGAAUCACUUUAUUUCGUACCCUCGGAUUCGUCCGUCGACGAAGCACAUUGAGAGAGACUGUUUAGAGCUGACGCCGAAAGGAACGGAUUAUUUCAUCCGGUCGUUGAGGAAGGCUAUCCGUUUAUUCAUGAAGGAGCCAGAGGUCUUGUGGUAUCCAAGGCCUAAGUGUCCCCACUCCCCUACCCUGACUGAGGGGGAGCCUCCUGCCAACAACCCUUGCCCCAUCCCCCAAAAAAGAGACAGAGAAAAUGCACAAAUGAAUGUUGAGGUUUAGCAAAGCCCUGCCAUUUCCAAUGCAUGACCCUCCCCCACCCAUGAUGAUAUCUUUACAUGCCAUUAGUUUGCCUCAUAGAUAAUUACACAGUAGGUGGGUUGACUGUGUUUUGUGCAGAUGCAUUCACCACAUAAUAUCGUACUUUUAGGCUGGCACAGUUUAUGUCUUUUUAAUAUUCAAAACCACAGUGAAUGAUAUU